UAGACAUACAAGGAUAAGCGUGGAAAUCCCUCAUCUCAGCGGAGCACCAUGGAGGAAUUUGCCACGCCACACUACUAUGGAUGCUGCGCACUGUGCAUUUUCCUCCUUUUUCUCGUUCUUGCCGUGGUUGGCGCUAAGCCCGGCACGAUCAAGAAGCUCAGGCCAAAUCUGCCGCCCGGACCGUGGCAGCUGCCGGUAAUCGGCAGCUCCCACUGGCUUCUGAGCAGGCUCCCGCCGCACCGCCGCAUGCGCGACCUUUCCCUCCGCCACGGCCCGAUCAUGCAGCUCAGGAUCUGCGAGCGCGCCGUCGUCGUCGUCUCGUCCGCCGAAGCGGCGGAGGCGGUGUUCCGCGACGCCGCCUUCGAGCAGCGGCCGACCAGCCCGGCGCUCGACGAGCUCUACUCGAGGUACGGCAUGGGGAUCGUCUUCGCGCCCUACGGCGACCACUGGCGGCUGCUGCGGCGGGUCCUCGUGAACGAGCUCCUCAGCGCGCAGCGCGUCGAGUCGUUCAGGCGCAUCCGCGAGCAGGAGGCGGCCCGCCUCGUGUCGUCCCUGCAGCAGGCGGCGGCGUCUGCGCCGGGCCAGCUCGCCAACAUCGACGAGCGGCUCGCCGCGUUCGUCACGGACUCGGCAGUGCGCGCCAUCUUCGGCGACCGGACGAUGCCCGACCGAGCCGCGCUGCUCGAUACAGUCGAGCAGGCUCUGGACUUCUCGUCGCUCUUCGACCUGCGGGACCUGUUCCCAUCGUCGUGGCUGGCGCGGAUGCUGCCGCGCAACGGCAAGGCGGAGCGGAACAGGCUGGCGGUGGUCCGCCUCAUGGAAGGUAUCCUUCGCCUCCACGAGGAGAGGAGGUCAUCAACUGGACAAGCUGACGACGGGCAGGACAUGGUCGACGUGCUGCUGAGGAUCCGGAAUGACGAAGGCGCCAUGGGAUCAAUUUCUCUCACCCACGGAAUCAUCGUCAAUAUGUUAAUGGAUGUGUUCGUGGCAGCAAUCAAGGCAACAACGUGUACUCUCCGAUGGGCCAUGGCGGAACUAAUGGCAAACCCAAGGGUCAUGGAGAAGGUGCAGUCCGAGAUCCAGCGCGUCCUCGCAGGACAGGACAGAGUGCGCGAGGAAGCUCUCAGAGACCUGGGCUACCUCAGAGCAGUCAUCAAGGAGACGUUGCGGCUGCACCCAACUAUCCCGCUAGUCCCUAGGAUCUGCACACAGGACGACCGGAAGAUCCAAGGCUACGAUGUGCCGAAGGGGACAAUACUUGUCGCAAACGUAUGGGCCAUCUCCAGGGACCCCAAGUACUGGCACAGCCGCCGCCAAGACGACGACGACGACCCUGACAAGUUCGUGCCGGAAAGGUUCGAGGCCGCCGAGCAGGCCUUCAGCUUCACGGGGUCAGACCUGGAGUUCAUGCCGUUUGGGGCCGGGCGACGGAUUUGCCCUGGGAUUGCCUUCUCGCAAGCGAACACUGAGAUCGCUCUGGCCAGCCUCCUGUACCAUUUCGACUGGGCGCUGCCGGCCGGGCGAGUCAGGCCGGAGGAACUGGACAUGACGGAUUCGUGUGGGCUUGAAGUGAGGAGGAAUGCUGAGCUGCUUCUACGUCCCAUACCUCGUCGCGUACGUAUUCCACAGCAGGUAGCAGAUGAAAUAUAUAUAGGUUAAGAAAUGUUGAUGAUGAACGCUUAUUUGUCGUAAAAACGUUUAGCAGGCAUGUUGUAGUAUGUCUUUUUUAUGUACGUACGUACUAUAUAUCUCUGUCGUCCGACAAGAAUAAUGUAAUUCUGGAUCUAAUCUAAAUCAUACUGUUACAAUAAAAAAA